CGACUCUUUGCGACUCCAUGGACUGUAGCCCACCAGGCUUCUCCAUCCAUGGGGUUUUCCAGACAAGAAUACUGGAGUGGGUUGCCAUUUCCUUCUCUAGUAGGCUCGCAUAGUGCAGCUAUAAGAAGGCUGGACUGCGAAUAUCUCCCCGCGGAAUUCUGGGAAGUGUAGUCCAGGAGCUCCGGGUACUCGCAGGCCCUUCGGCCCCAGGAGGACGACGUAGCAGCCAUCUUUCGCUUGAUGAUGAUGUUUCAGGUCUGCUUUUCACGAUCCAUUCAAACGCCCCCGAAAUGCGCUUGGGGCCGGCAGCUCCUGACCUUUCAUUUGGAGAGAAAGAGGAGCAGCGGCUAGAAGCAGAGGACUCUGCACUUCCCUGGAAGGAGAGAGAAGAUGAACAUGUUCAUGGAGGCAGUGACCUUCAAGGACGUGGCUGUGGCCUUCACAGAGGAGGAGCUGGGGUUGCUGGACUCAGCCCAGAGAAAGCUGUACCAGGAUGUGAUGGUGGAGAACUUCUGGAACCUGGUCUCAGUGGGUAGCUCUUCAUAAAAGGAAAAAAGAAUUCUAUUUCCUUAUCCGUCAUAUCCGGGGAGAAAAGGUCUCAGAAAAUAGCCAACUGAUGAAAACAAUCAAAGUGAGUUGAGGGCUGUUCAAGAGAGAGGAUUACAUGAAGAGCUUUCCUGCUGGCAAAUCUGGCAACAAAUUGCGAAUGACUUAACCAGAUGUCAAGACUCCAUGAUAAAUAGUUGUCAGCUCCACAAACAAGGUUAUUCCUCCAACCAGGUUGGGGCAGGACUGUCUAUUCAAAUUUCUGAAGAUGAGAACUAUAUAUUAAAUGAGAAAGCAGAUGGUCCCAGUGAUACUGGAAAUCCAAGGUUUGCAUCUUUGAGAGCUCGGGAUUCUUGGAGAAAAAGUUCCUUGACUGAGUCACAGAAUUAUCGGAAUAGAUACCUGGAAAUUUCCACGCAAAGUAAACUCUGUCGGUGUAAAGAGGAUGUUGAUAGCAUUGGUCAGAUCUCAUUCCACCUUGAUGAUCGAGGAGUACACAAGAAUGAAAAGUCUUAUUGCCACAAUGAUUAUAGAAAAGACAGCAGGAAGGUUUCCACAUUGGAUCAGAAUAGUAUGAUUCACACAGGACAAAAACCUUACCAGUGUAACGAAUGUAAAAGAACUUUUACCAGCCUUUCUACCUUUGAUCUUCACCAGCAGUUACACUCAAAAGAGACGUCUCACAUGUGCAAUGAGUGUGGAAAAGGCUUCCGUUAUAGCUCAGUUCUUCAUAUUCAUCCGAGAGUUCACAUAGAAAAAUGCAGUGUCUGUGAUGAGUGUGGAAAGGAAUUCCGUCAGAGCUCACAACUGCAAACUCAUCAGAAAGUCCACAGCAUAAAGAAACCAUUCACAUGUGAGGAAUGUGGGAAAGGCUUCAGUCGUCGAUCAGCACUUACCAUUCAUUGUAAAGUCCACACGGGAGAGAAACCUUACACUUGUGAGGAGUGUGGCCGGGCCUUCAGUCAGGCCUCCCACCUUCAAGACCAUCAGAGAGUCCACACUGGGGAGAAACCAUUCAUUUGUGAUGCGUGUGGUAAGAGCUUCAGUCGGAAUUCACACCUUCAGUCCCAUCAGAGAGUCCAUACGGGAGAGAAACCGUACAAAUGCGAGGAGUGUGGGAAGGGCUUCAUUUGUAGCUCAAAUCUAUACAUUCACCAGAGAGUCCACACAGGAGAAAAACCCUACAGAUGUGAGGAAUGCGGGAAAGGCUUUAGUCGGCCUUCAAGUCUUCAGGCCCAUCAGGGAAUCCACACUGGAGAGAAGUCAUACGUAUGUAAUGUGUGUGGUAAAGGCUUUACUCUGAGUUCAAAUCUUCAGGCACAUCAAAGAGUCCACACAGGGGAGAAACCAUACAAAUGUGAGGAGUGCGGGAAGAACUUCAGGAGGAACUCCCAUUAUCAAGUCCAUCUGGUUGUCCACACAGGAGAAAAACCCUAUAAAUGUGAAGUGUGUGGGAAGGGCUUCAGUCAGAGUUCCUAUCUUCAAAUCCAUCAGAAGGCCCACAGCGUAGAGAAACCCUACAAGUGCGAGGAGUGUGGGCAGGGCUUCAAUCAGAGUUCACGACUUCAGAUCCACCAGCUGAUCCAUACUGGUGAGAAACCAUACAAAUGCGAAGAGUGUGGGAAGGGAUUCAGUCGUAGAGCAGAUCUUAAAAUUCACUGCAGGAUCCACACUGGAGAGAAACCGUACAAUUGUGAGGAGUGUGGAAAAGUCUUCAGGCAGGCCUCAAAUCUCCUGGCCCAUCAGAGAGUCCACAGUGGAGAAAAGCCUUUCAAAUGUGAAGAAUGUGGCAAGAGCUUUGGUCGGAGUUCACACCUUCAAGCCCACCAAAAAGUCCACACUGGAGAAAAGCCAUACAAAUGUGAGGAGUGUGGGAAGGGCUUUAAGUGGAGCCUGAACCUCGACAUGCAUCAGAGGGUCCACACAGGAGAGAAACCAUAUAAGUGUGGGGAGUGUGGGAAGCACUUCAGUCAGGCCUCAAGUCUUCAGCUUCAUCAGAGUGUCCACACUGGAGAGAAGCCCUACAGAUGUGACGUGUGUGGUAAAGUCUUCAGUCGGUCUUCACAACUGCAGUCUCAUCAGAGAGUCCACACAGGGGAGAAACCUUACAAGUGUGAUGUGUGUGGUAAGAGCUUCAGUUGGCGCUCCAAUCUAACAAUUCAUCAAAGAGUCCAUGCUGCUGAUAAAUCCUAUGAAAGUCAUAGGGGUGGUAAGACCAUCAGAGAGUCAACUUAGGAAAAAAGUUCUAUAAAAUAAUUUUUUAAGAA